GCCAUGGUAACCAAGCUCCUCCCAGAUCAGAUGGGGCGAGGUUCCUAAGCUGUGUAGACAGAAUGUUCCUAUGCUUUAGACCGCCGUGUGGCUAUAUCUGAAAGAGUCAGAGGGGGAGAGGGGGAGAGAGAGAGAGAGUAUGAACGUUCCAUGUGAAAAAGGGUGGGGACACCAAAUCUAAGCGCAAAGAAGAAGUUUUUUUCCUCAGCUUGGUAAACUGAAGAUCUGAACUUCAACCUGUAGAAUUAACUUAAGAGGAACAUAGAAAGAAAGUGGCAAUCUGAGUUGAAGAAUUUGGCAAGUUUGAGAACAUUUGUAGUUCAGAAUGGGUGAAGAUGCAGUACAGGCGGAGAGAAGCAGCGCGAUGACUCCACACGAAAGCCAGGACCUUGUGGUGCCCGGCCCUAGUCCCACUCAGAUGUCACCUACAAUGCCUGGGGGGGUCUCAGUAGGGGACUCCACGGCAGCAAAGAAGGACAACGACGGGGACAACCAAGUCAAUGCUAUUACAGUACUGACACUACUGGACAAGCUCGUCAACAUGCUGGACACCGUCCAAGAAAAUCAGCAGAAGAUGGAACAGCAGCAACUGGACAUGGAGAGUGUUGUGCGUGGCAUCCAAACCGAUAUGACCAAGCUCUCCAAGAGCCACACCUCCACCUCCAACACUGUCAGCAAGCUGCUGGAAAAGUCCCGUAAGGUCAGCGUCCACAUGAAGGAGGUUAAGGACAAAAUGGACAAGCAGGCCAUACAGGUGAAGAAACUAGAAGCUAAUCACUCCCAUCUCCUCAAGAGGAACAACUUCAAAGUUCUGAUCUUCCAGGAGGAGAAUGAAAUUCCUGCUACUGCCUUCGUGAAGGACCCUGUGCCCUACCCUCGUGAUGCAGAGGAAGAGGUGCCCCCAGUGGAUGCCAAUCGUUCACAGGAAGAGGGGCUUCAGACAAUAAACUUAUCAUCUGAUGAAGAACUGGGGCUUGAUGAGGACGACGAUGACAGCUGGACUGGAGAGAAGGUGGAUGAGACAAUGCAGAAAUCCCGGGCUGAAAAGAUCAAGCGUUCCAGCCUGAAGAAGGUUGACAGCCUCAAGAAGGCCUUCUCUCGUCAGAACAUUGAAAAGAAGAUGAAUAAAAUCAGCACCAAGAUCAGUACCAGUGUGGCUGUUGAGAAGCGUGAGAAACUCAAGCAGAGCAACCCCAGCACCAAGAGCUCCUCCUUCAAGGUGCCGACACUCUCAUUCGGUAUCAAGAAAACUCAGGACGCCCAGGUGACUCCGAAGGCUGAGGGCCCACCGGCAGUGGUGGCUGCAAUUGAGUUGGCUCCCAUUAAAAGCCUAGAUGAAAAUCUCCCUUUCACUGAGGUGCACUCUGACCUGGCCCCAGCCCUGCAGGAUGCCCUCACUAACUCCUCCACUCACAUAGAUGCUGAGCAGUCCUUGGCAGAGGAUGAAGACCAUGAGUAUACCCUGUCUGCCACUUUGCCCCAGGAAGAUUCCCUACCACGCCUUUCCUCCGCUCUGCACCAAUUAGAUGAAGAGAAAGAACAAGAAGAACAAGAUGAGGAAGAGGAGGAAAAAAGAGUCUCUCUAGCAGAAGACUAGGAUCUGUAUGGAGGCUGUGAUCCCAACCUGAGGUCUUGCAGUGGAAUGAUGUGGUCAUUUUUUUCUUUUUUCUUUUUCUCAUCCAUAGCUUCCAGCACCUCAGUAUCUUUCUUCCUGUUAACAUCCUCCAUCUAUCAUUCUCCUCAUGCACACAUUUUUCAUACGUUUCCCUCUUUCAUUUAACAAACGAGCACCAUUUUGUAUUACUGUACACAUGCUCAUGUUGCUGUGCACAUGGUUAAUCAGAUUUUGUAUGUAGUACAAUGUAGUUCAUUCUUAUGUAAGCUUUGUCAGCUUUGAUCAUGUUUUAUCUACCAAUUGUAUAUUCAGAAUGCCUUUUUUGUCCCUGCUACCUGUUCUGAGGGCUUAUUUUUGCUAAACAAAAUUAAAAAAAAAUCAAAUUAGCUCUUUUAAACACAGUUAUUUACCUUGGUGCAGCCCCACUGAAGACUCUAACGAUCAACAGCAAGACCAACAGCACACAGAACCGAAGACUGAGCCUGCUGUAACUUACCUAUGAAGAGAGUGCUGACUUGUUGUAAUAACCUUUCUUUUCUAGCCUUACUUUUAAUGCUUUUUUUUUUAUUAAACAAUGCUUCAGGUCAAUGAUUUCUGCCACUUUGGAAAAUAUAGGUCAACAAAAUAGAAGAGCGUAUCAAUAAUUUUAAUUAAUCGUACAAUAACAACCUAAGUCUACAUUUCCAGUAUUGAGUUUUGGAUUCAGAGAGAAUAUCAAAGCUCCAAUUCAACAAAUGUAAUGCAAUUGUAUACUGCCAUCUUUGUUCUAAUUGUCUUGCAUAUUAAUUUCUUCCUGGGAGCUUUGAUUAUAUUGUUUUAGAUGCUAUAUUGUUAAAAAUGUCACUGGAGUGUCAACCCACCCAAGAUAAAUAAGAUAUUGGGCAUCCUCAGGCGUUUUCCAGUGAGGAGGGGAUAGGCCAUAUGACAGACAGACAGGCAUACGUAGCUUUAAAAGCUCUUAAAAGCAAAUAUAAAACUAUUUUUAAAAUCUUAAACAUUGCUUGUAUGUCUGAUAAACAAAGAUAUAAUGCUUCAUUCCAUAAUUAAAUCUGUGAAACUGCAAUCUGUUUUUCUUGAUGAAUGGAUGAGCUGUAUUUUGAAAAAUAUGCUUAUGUGCAUUCUGUAUACUAUUCCAUUAACUAGUAAUGCCAGCUAAGCUUUUAAAUCACAGACACAGCUUAUUAACGUUUAUGCCGUCUUACUGUGAAAACAUUUUUUUUUUCCAAAAAUGAUGCAAGUCCCCAAAUAAAGAAAAUUUUAAAUGAGA